UCCAACUCCAUAGCCCUCCCUUCUCAACCCAGACAAAAACCAACCCACCAAAAUGUCCGCUAUCAAGACAAUCCUCCUCCCCCUCCUCCUCACCACCUCUGUGGUCCUGGCCGCCCCCAAAGCCGCCGAAUCCUGCGCCUACACCUGCGGCAGCACCUGCUACUGGGCGAGUGACGUCAGCGCGGCCCAGGCGCAAGGCUGGUCGCUGCACGAGUCCGGCGACACGAUCGACGACUACCCGCACGUCUACCGCGACGACGAGGGCUUCGCGUUCGGCGUGUCCGGCACCUACUACGAGUACCCGAUCCUGAGCAGCUUCGACGUGUACACGGGGGGAUCGCCGGGGGCGGACCGGGUGAUUUUUAAUGCGGACGAUGAGUUGGCCGGCGUGAUUACCCACACGGGGGCGAGUGACUAUGAUGGGUUUGUGGAGUGUUCUUAG